CAUGUUCCGGGUCGCCGAGCCGAACCCGACCCGAGCUCAGGCGGCGAGAAGGAGCUGGCAUUUCAGUAGGACUAUGGAGGAGCUAGUCCACGAUCUGGUCUCAGCACUGGAAGAAAGCUCGGAGCAAGCUAGAGGAGGUUUUGCUGAUACUGGAGAUCAUUCUCGAAGYGUGUCUUGUCUUCUUAAGCGGCAGGCGAGGAAAAGGAGGGGACGAAAGAGACGUUCGUUUACCACCCACCAUCCCUGGGAGACUGGUCACUGUUUAAGUGAAGGUUCUGAUUCCAGUUUGGAAGAAUCAAGCAAAGACUAUAGGGAAAGUCAUGCUAAUAAGAAAGACCACAGUGACUCUGAUGACCAGUUGUUGGUUGCUAAACGUCGACCUUCCUCAAACUUAAAUAACAUUCGAGGCAAAAGACCUCUGUGGCAUGAACCGGAUUUGGCGGUUGAUAGUUUAGGAAACAGAACUUUGCGCAGGAGAAGAAAAGUGAAGCGAAUGGCAGUAGACCUCCCAUCAGAAGUCUCUAAUGCACUGACAAUAACUCAACAGCAGGAUAGCAGCAGAGAUCAAGAAAUGGACAAUGACAAUAAAUCAUACCAACAUCAAGAGUUUUCCAAGAAUAAAGUGAAAAAAAGGAAAGUAGCUACAGCUCGACAAGGACCAGAAAUCUUGGAUGAAGGAGUAGUUAUAGAAAAUGAAGAAAUGAACCAAGCAAAUAAGGACAAAAUGGAGUAUGAGGAGCAAAAGGGCUCAGAUGAAAACAUGAGUGACAGUGAAUCCAGCAGUCUGAGCAGCAGUGAUGCGGGUUUGUUUACCAAUGAUGAGGGAAGACAAGGUGAUGAUGAGCAAAGUGACUGGUUUCAUGAAAAUGAAUCUGGUGGAGCAUGUGGAAUUACAGGGGUCAUUCCCUGGUGGGAACAGGAGGAUUCUACAGAACUGGAAAGAGAAUUGCCUGAUCCAGUCUUUGAAAGUAUCUUAACUGGUACUUUCCCUCUUAUGUCCCAUUCUGGGAGAAGAGGUUUCCAGAGCCGAUUUAGUCAUCUUCAUGGAAUGCCAGCAAGAAACAUCAAAAAGCCUUCAGGAAAUCAGACUACAUUGAUUACACCAGGACCAGGUGGUAGCAGGAAAACAGUCCACAUGUCCCAAGAUUCUCUUCACCAUGACCAUUGGUUUAGCCCUGGGGCUAGGAAGGAACAUAGCCAGCUUCAACUCUUGCGAGACAACCGGUCAGAAAGAGGACACAAGAAGAACAGCUCAGUAAAAACAGCUAGCAGACAAACCAGUGUACAUUUAGGAUCGUUGUGUAUGGGAGACAUCAAACGGAGAAGGAAAGCUGCUCCCCUGCCAGGACCCACAGGGUUUGUAGGYGAAAACACCCAACCAAUCCCAGAAAACAACAUUGGAAACAGAAUGCUUCAAAGUAUGGGCUGGACUCCUGGCACGGGCCUUGGACCAGACGGCAAAGGGAUAGCAGAACCGAUAAGAGCAAUCCAGAGACCAAAAGGACUCGGACUUGGAUUUAGCUGACAGCAGUGCGCUCUGGCUGCCGAAUAAAAAUCAAGAUCAAAAUUGAUUUUAAAAGACCAAAAAARGGGGGGAAAAUGCAAACUUUCUAAUAUUCCUUGUGAUCAGAAAAUCCAAUUAUUCKUCUCUCCAAGAUCACUGUAGUCUGUGUGCUUCCCAUUAACUACACCAGCUGCAAGGUACAGCCACAGUGACAAAACUGGCAUAGGAAUCCUACUUUGUAAUGGUGCUAAAAUAUACAAACACUUGUACUUUUUUAUUUUCUGUGAUCUUAAGAUUUGUAUUAAGUGUAAAAUUCAGAAUAUUCACUCAUUAUUUUCAUGAAAGCUUCUGAUGCAGCAGAUUUUAGUAUUCAGGCAAACUUUUUUUUUUGGUAAGUAUAAUUUCAUCUCAAGAGUCUUGAUAAGAUUUGAUAUCAAGGAAAGUGGAACUCUAUACAUAAACUACUGUGUUUUUCUCCUUUUCUGACAAAGUUUCCAAACUUAGUAUUUCUAGAGAUUAACAGUAUUUGAGUAUAAGUGUAAUGAUUGUCAUAUUGCCUAUAAGAUAUACAUUUCCCACUGAAAGGUGAUAUUUUAUAUAGGAAUAGCAUGAAAAAAUGGCUUUGUCAUUGAGGAAAGCCAUUCUGAUACCAUUUUCUUGCARUCUGUCCCCGUCUUCCGAGUUCAAGCUCUGAAGUAAAUCUUUUAUACUUGUUUUUACAUUUAYGGGAUUAUCUUUUUUUAGCAGAUAUUUUAAAAAUGUAAAGUUUAUUCUGAGUUUGGAAUUCUCUUUCUAUUAAUGAUCCUCCACGUGUCAAUAGUUAAGAGKAGCUUCAACUCUGAAGUGACCGUUUGUAUUUCAGAGACGACUGUGUCUUGCAGUGUUUGUUAACUGGGUGUUGGUGUCUUGCGAACAGUGCAGUAUUCAACAUUGUGGUAUCAUUUGGUUUGUGAUCAUGAUGGUGUCAGUGAGCCACAGUCUCUAAGGAUCAUGAUGAAACAGAAAAAGCACAAGGAGGAGCAUGGCUAGAGUGGAGGGAGGGAAGGAAAAGGAUAUUUCAGUGGCAUCUCACAAAUCUAAACGAGCAAUUUAAAAUCAAGAAGAAUCAUUAAGUGUUUUAAUCA